AUGGUGACCCACCAAUCAACUGCAGAGUCUGCAACAGUAAUCUACGCCAUGUCCUUCCUGUCUUUUAGUGGGAUUUUGGGAAUAAUGUCAUUGCGUCCCAACUCAUCACACUAUGCUUUUAUUGGUGUCAACAUUGGUACAGCUGUGACUGACAUGCCAAGUCCAACAGAGGUUGUGGCCCUUCUUGAGGCUCAAGGUAUUCAACAUGUUAGACUAUAUGAUGCUGACAGAGCCAUGCUCCGUGCACUUGCCAACACAGGAAUCCGUGUAAUUGUUUCUGUUCCUAAUGACCAGCUUCUCGGCAUUGGUCAGUCCAAUGCCACGGCUGCCAAUUGGGUUUCACGCAAUGUCAUAGCUCAUGUUCCUGCUACCAACAUUACUGCCAUAGCAGUUGGUUCUGAAAUCCUAACUUCCAUCCCAAAUGCAGCUCCUGUCCUAGUCUCAGCACUAAAAUUCAUUCAAGCUGCUUUAGUUGCAGCCAAUCUUGAUCAGCAAAUCAAAGUCUCUACUCCACACUCUUCUUAUAUCAUCCUUGACUCUUUCCCACCUUCUCAGGCAUUUUUUAAUAAAACUUGGGAUCAUGUCAUGGUUCCCUUGCUCAAAUUUUUGCAAUCAACAGGUUCUUAUCUUAUGCUCAAUGUGUACCCUUAUUAUGAUUUCAUGCAAAACAAAGAUGCAAUCCCUCUAGACUAUGCUUUGUUCCGGCCCUUGCCCCCAAAUAAAGAAGCUAUUGAUUCCAACACCCUCCUGCAUUAUACUAAUGUCUUUGAUGCAGUUGUUGAUGCUGCUUAUUUUGCAAUGUCGUAUUUGAACUUUACCAACAUCCCUAUUUUAGUCACUGAGUCAGGAUGGCCCUCCAAAGGAGAUUCGUCUGAGCCGGAUGCAACUAUUGAUAAUGCUAACACCUACAAUAGUAACUUGAUCAGGCAUGUCCUUAACAAUAGCGGGACUCCUAAGCAACCUGGAAUUGCAAUUAGCACUUAUAUUUAUGAGCUCUAUAAUGAAGACUUAAGAACAGGUCCAGUGUCUGAGAAUAAUUGGGGACUGUUUGAUGCUAAUGGAGCUCCAGUGUAUACCUUACACUUGACUAAUUCUGGUACUAUAUUUGCAAAUGACACAACAAACCAAACCUUUUGUGUUUCUAAGAGUAAUGCAGAUACUAAGAUGCUUCAAGCUGCACUAGAUUGGGCUUGUGGACCGGGGAAGGUGGAUUGUUCACCAUUGCUGCAGGGUCAACCGUGUUAUGAACCAAAUAGUGUAGCUGCACAUGCUACAUAUGCUAUCAAUGCUUACUAUCAGCUGAUGGCUAAAUCUCCAGGGACCUGUGAUUUCAAAGGAGUUGCCUCUGUCACAACUACCAAUCCAAAGGAUUCAAAGGAUGGCGAGGAAGCAUGCCUCAGAGUUGUGGAAGUUGUCAAUGGUCCAAUGGCUCAACUGCUGUCUUGA